AUGUCGCAAUACGACACCACGGACUAUUUGCUGGACCGAGCCAAUAUCCAUGACACCGUCACCAAAUUGGCCACAUAUGUUGAUAUGCAGCAGUGGGAUCAACUGGAGACCCAAGUGAUAGCAGACCCGAUCAAUCUUGACUACACUCUCAUGUUUGGAGGGGAGGUUGAGAGCAAAACAGCGCAAGACGCAGUUGCACACUGGAAGACCUUGAUGGAACCGAUGGAUGCUACACAGCACGUCGUAACCUCGCUCUUGAUCUCUCUCCCUCCUCCACCAGGCUCUAUGGAGAAAGUUGAGCAUGCGUCCGCCAUUGCGUAUUUUCUGGUGAAUAUCACCAAGAAGGGAACCACGGGCGGAGAGAAUACCACGAACGGAGGUCGCUACGAGAUUGAGUUGACCAAGGUGCUUAACACCGCAGGCAAUCCCUGGCGCAUCUCGACGCUCAGGGCCGUCCCCAUAUGGUAUGGAGGAAACACGAAAGUGUUGUUUGGGUAG